GUUUACGCGUGGUCGCGCAUCAUCGGGCAAGAUUGGCAGGUCUAAUCCCUGGCAUAGCAAACCGGGCACUUUUCCUCUCGGUAAGCUCGGACCUUGAGCCAAUCGUGCUAAUCAGCGGCGGUCCGUAUGCGAUGUUAGCCUCUAUAUAAGGUCCCACUUCAUGCGAUCCUUUUACGGCUUUCCUCGGUUGCUCACCAGCUACUAUUGACACCAUUGUAUCACCUCUGUUGCUCGAUUUCGUCCCAUGGAGUUGGGUGAUACCUUCGGCGCCCUACUGGUUGGAAUUUUCAUUUCUGCCAUUCUCUUCGGAGUCACGAACCUCCAGGUGUUCAUGUAUUUCAAAUCGGUUCUGGAUGCUCUUCAACUCGCAUUGUCUUUCCACGUAGCCUAUUGGAAUCUGAUAGUCAAUUAUUUCGACCCGCCUGACCUCUUAAGACUCCCAUGGAGUUUUAAGUGUGGAGCUGUAGGUGUUCCGAACUUAAUGAGCGUCCACGUGUUGACGUGGCUGACAGUGGAUAAGGCUGUAAAUCGAGGCAAGCGUAUCCGGGGUGUCAUGCCCAUCACUGUUGCCAUAUUCACAUGUGCGGGUUAUGCCAUGAUUCACUUGCUCGCUAUCAGGACCUGGAUCAAGAGUGACUCUACCCUCCGCUUGCUGGGAGAGAAGUGGGUGACAUAUUAUCCCCUAUCAACCUGGUUUGGCGUCGACGUGGCUAUCGCCGGAUGUAUGUCUUUUCUGUUAUUUCGGUCUCGGACUGGAUAUCGAAGAACAGACUCGAUGAUAACAGUGCUCAUGCUUUUUACGCUCAGUACUGGUGUGAUUACAAGUCUUUGUUCGCUCUCAGCCAUCGCCACCAUGGCCGCACUUCCCAAGACAUUCAUCGUCGCCGCUGUGGAAUUCUCUCUGACUAAGCUCUAUGUCAAUUCGUUCAUGGCGAUGCUCAACGUGCGCAGUUCUCUUCGCACUCCAAAUUCAACAGAUGACCGCGAGUCUCCCAACCUCGUGCCGUCCAACCGUCUGCAAAAUGAUUCGGGCAGUACAAUAAGCAAUGACAUACCGACCUCGCCAUCUCUACCGACAACGGAUAUGCACAGGACGGAGGAUACCAGAUUUCAUCACCGAAACGCGCAGGUGCCCGAUGAAGUUCAUCUCCUUGGUCGUGUUGACCAUCAGUCGCCGAUCAAACAUGCAAAUACGGCGUCAACAUGGGCCAAGGCCCAACCGCUGCACAGCGAUGUUGUCUGAGGUGACUGGGUUCUCGCGUUUACGCGUCAAUUAACACAACUAAGAUAACAUC